ACUUCGUACUUCGCAUUCGAACACAAAACACGUACUAUCGUAUCGAUACUCGAUAAACUUUUCGGUAGUGGGACAACACUAUUUUGUGAUUGAAACGUCACUUGUGAUUUUUAAUCUGUGCAAGUUUUAUCAUAUUUUUUUUUAUUAUAAUUUUUCCGUUCCGUCGCGUUCACUGUGCUCCCGUUCCGAACGUUUGUGUUCGAUUUUUUUUAAAUAAAACCUCGUUUUUUUUGAAGAUGUUAAAUAGUUAUACUUACAAAUUACAAUAUUUCUUAUAUUUUGCUAUAAAAUAGUUUGUGGUUGCAGUUUAAAUUAUUAUAUUAAGUCGUUCAGUGAGUUUUUACAGUGUUUCAUCAUUCUUGGCUCCGAUUAUUCAUGUUCGCUCCGUACUUCAAGUUACAACAGAUCACGCCCAAUACCUAAAUAAGUCGUCAACAAGAAUCUCUGCAGUAUUAUACGUACGUUUAGUAAUUUAUUGAGAAUGUAUCUGGUGCUAUUGUUCACCGCGUCCCUGCUCGGCGUGAGCCGCUGCGCCAACGUCAACAAACACAUGAGGCUACUCUCAGACUUAGAUAAUCAUAUUGAACAUAAUGUAGCUCAAAACAACUUACAAUCCAGUGCUCGCCGCUUCCUUACGAUAACGCAGCGCCCCGAAGCGAUGUACACGCACGCUCGCGGCGAAAUGUUGGAACUAACGUGUGACGCCGUCGGUGUGCCAGCGCCCUCUAUACACUGGUUUAAAAAUGACGCUCCGGUUUAUGAGUAUGACGUAGAAUCAAAUGAACUAAUAGACAGUAACCCGAGUUCUCUUGCGCGGGUCAUUUCGACCCUGUUGGUAACGAGGACGUCGGGUCAUGACGUGUACACGUGCCUCGUCACUUCUGGCACCAAAACUGCUAGAGCUACCACUGUCGUUUAUGAAAAAGAUGGCAGCAGUAUACUGUCGGAGCGUGCAAAACUAUUACCUUUAGAACCUCGCAUAGUUGUCACUUAUGAGAUGUACGUGGAUACGAUGGGCAACAACAUAGUGCUGCCAUGCCGGGUUAAGGGACACCCUAAACCUCAUGUCACGUGGUUCGACAACAAGGGGACGCCCAUUAGGAAUGAUUCCGCAAGAAUGAGGGUGCUCCGUUCCGGCGAGCUAGUAAUAUCGUCACUGCGCUGGAGUGAUAUGGGCGAGUUCACUUGCCAAGCCACCAAUGUAUUCGGCUCACAACUCGCCAAGACGUUCGUUUAUCCGGCUAAAGCCGGAUAGACAGACAGACGUGCACACAGCGUCGAGUAUACUUAAUUGGAUGUUCCUGGUACUAAAUAAGUUUAUAUUAGGGCCGCAUCACACUGCGCGCGACAAACGCUGCGAUUUUAAAUCGUUUGCAUAAGUCUUUUCGUCUUGCUACUACGCUAAUAUGAAUUUUGAAAUUGUGUUAGGCGUCUAUAACUGUUAAUUUUAUCUUUAUUCUUACAUUUUUUCCAUUAUUCACCUCUUACUUACAUUACAGAGAUAAAAGUAUGAUUGCCAUUAAAAUUCAUAAUUAAAAUUGUAUCAUAAAAUCUAAGCAAUAUAAGGAUGAAUAUAUUUUAAUAGUUAUUUUUUUGAGUUACUAUUGAUAAUAAAUGUCUACUUAUUAAUAUUUCUUACUAUUUUAGACUAUUAAAUAUUGUCUAAAGCAAGCCUUAAGACAAGUCGACGGCUGGUCCGUCGUGCGAUUAGUCGCAGCGUUUCGCCACCAGUGUGUAACCACCUUAAGAAUCGAGUCUGCCUAUUAUAUUUUUAUAUUAUUUUCGUUUUAUUAAAUUUUGUUAUUUUAAUAAAAUAGUAAAACUUAAACAUUUGUGCUAAAUCUGAAUAAUAAUGUAAUAUAAUAAUUUAAUAAUUAAAAAUGAAUUUAUUUGUGUCGAUUCAUAUCUAAUAGUUGUGAUGUUGGGUACUUGAUAGAAACUUCUGACCCUAAGAUUUUUUCACUUAAGAUUUUUUAUAUUUUAAAUCACCUUUUGUGUACAGAAAACUAAUUUAGACAUCUCAAAUUGUAGAAUAAAGUUAAGACAACGCACUUUUUUAUUUAACAAUCAAUAUAAUAAUAAUGAAGAAUAAUAAUUACACUGUAUAAUAAAUAAUAAUAAAAGUAACAAUAAUUGCACUAUCUACAUAAUAUUGUCUCCUAAUUGUAAGUACCCAAUGUAAGAAGUGAUCGAUUUUACUCCUAGAUACAUUUACCUAUUGUUUCAUUAUACUUACUGUGAUUCAGAAUAAUUAAUGGAAUAAACAAACGGACGAAUUUAUAA